AUGGACAAAACUUCGGAAGACGUCAAGAAGACGCUUUUGUCCAAAGAAGAGCGCGAUGCGCUACGACGUGAAGAAGAGGCUGUUUUUCAAGAGCAACGUGAUCGUCAAAACAAGUCAUUGGAUUUAGUAAAACAAUCGCUGGCUCAAGAUGUUGAAUGGGAGGCUAAAUCGGCUCGAGACAAGAAAAUGGCCUUCCUUAUGGCUCAAUCUGAUGUAUUUACAUCGUUUCUCAUGGGUGGUAGCAGUGCUGUGGGUAAAGAAAUGUCUCGAUCAAAAGCUGCGAAAGAUGCAGGCUCAAAGCGUGGCAAAGGUAGCAAACAAGCGGAUGCGCAGACUUUGCAAGAUAUGGACGAUGCAAGAUAUACAAGAGUCACACAGCAGCCGUCGAAUAUCAAGUUUGGUACGAUGAAACCAUACCAGCUAGAAGGAUUGAAUUGGAUGAUUCGACUACAUGAUUCUGGAGUUAAUGGCAUCUUGGCUGAUGAAAUGGGACUUGGAAAGACCUUGCAAAGUAUUUCACUACUAGCGUAUUUACGAGAAGCAAGAGGUAUUGAAGGACCGCAUAUUAUUAUUGUACCAAAGAGUACUGUUGGAAAUUGGAUGCGAGAACUUAAGAGAUGGUGUCCAUCUAUUAAAGCUCAUAAAUUUAUGGGUAGCAAAGAUGAACGUGCUAUUCAAAAAGAGGCGGUUGUAAAACAGAAUUUUGACGCUUUAGUGCUGUCAUACGAAGUAGCAAUUAUUGAAAAGGCAGUGUUACAAAAAAUUAAGUGGAAGUAUCUCUUGAUUGACGAAGCACAUCGUGUAAAGAAUGAGAAUUCGAAACUUUCGCGAGUCGUACGAGAGUUUCAAGUUGAACACCGCUUGUUGAUUACGGGAACUCCACUUCAGAACAAUUUGCAUGAGCUCUGGGCACUCUUAAACUUCUUACUGCCUGACGUAUUUUCGGAUUCUGAGGACUUUGACGCGUGGUUUAAUGUAGACGAGCAAGAAGGACAGGAGAAUGUGAUUAAGAAACUUCAUACGAUUCUACGACCAUUUCUACUGCGUCGUCUUAAAGCUGAUGUCGAGCAUUCGCUUCCUCCCAAAAUUGAAACCAAGCUCUAUGUUGGUCUGUCAGAAAUGCAACGCGAGUGGUACAUGCGCGUACUUCACCGUGAUGCGACGCACUUAAAUGCCAUUGGUGGGAGUGACCGUGUGCGCUUGUUAAAUAUUCUUAUGCAGCUACGCAAAGUUUGCAAUCAUCCUUAUCUGUUUGAAGGCGCUGAGCCUGGUCCACCAUAUCAGGAAGGUCCCCAUUUAUGGGAGAAUUGUGGCAAAAUGACGCUAUUGCACAAGCUUUUGCCAAAACUACGAGCUCAAGGCUCGCGUGUAUUAAUUUUCUGUCAAAUGACAUCUAUGAUGGAUAUUUUAGAGGAUUACAUGCGGUACUUUAGCCACGACUAUUGUCGUUUGGAUGGAUCUACUAAGGGUGAAGAUCGUGAUAGUAUGAUGGAGGAGUUUAAUAAACCUGGAAGCUCCAAGUUUUGCUUCUUACUGAGUACGCGAGCAGGAGGGUUGGGAAUAAACUUGGCUACGGCUGAUAUCGUCAUAUUGUUUGAUUCGGAUUGGAAUCCGCAGGUCGAUCUUCAGGCAAUGGAUCGUGCACAUCGUAUCGGUCAGACAAAAACUGUACGAGUCUUUCGAUUUAUCACUGAUGGCACUGUGGAAGAAAAGAUCGUGGAACGUGCGGAGCGCAAAUUGUAUUUGGAUGCUGCUAUCAUUCAGCAGGGACGUCUUGCGCAGCAAAAUCGCAAACUUUCUAAAGAUGAGCUCAUGACAAUGGUACGCUUUGGUGCUGACGAGAUUUUCAAUGCUCGUGGAUCUAUGAUCACAGAUGACGACAUUGAUGCUAUAUUGGCUCGUGGAGAGGAACGCACGGAAACGAUGAAAGACAAAAUUGCGGCUGAUAUGCAGCACAAUUUGGCCAACUUUAGCUUGUCGGGUGACAAUGGCAAUGCCAGUGUCUCGAGUCUUUAUGAAUUUGAAGGAGAAGUUUUCUCGAAAGACACGAAUAACGGUCAUGUUCUUCCAUCUACGUUUAUUGCUCUACCCCAACGUGAACGCAAGUCGAAUUAUAAUGAAGACGAGUACUAUCGACAGCAAACGGGGUUGUCGAAGCCGAAGAAACCCAAGAAAUCUGGAUCGGACGCAGCCAAGGUACCUGUUGUACAUGAUUAUCAGUUUUUCCAGCAAGAGCGCAUGGUAGCUCUACUGACGAAAAAGACAGUUGUCGAAAAUCGACGAAAGGAGCUGACCCGUCUAAUCAAAGAAGCCAAAGCUGAUGAGGCUCGUAUCAAAGCAAGAAAAGCUAAAGGGGAAGAUUCAGCUGAAGAAGAAGAAGGUGACGACACACGAUCUGCUGCUCUCGAAAAGGAGCUGAAUGAAACGGAGAUGGACGCUACUGACUUAAAGGAGCUGGAUGAACUUGAAAAGGCGGGCUUUGGUGACUGGACCCGACGGGAUCUGAAACAGUUUAUCACCAGCUGCGAGCGCUACGGUCGUGCUGAUAAAGCGCGCGUGUGCGAAGAAGUCUCACUAGUUCUUGGUAAAGAUCGUAUGCAAGUUGAGCGAUAUUAUGAUACAUUCUGGUCGCGCUUUACCGAACUUAAGGAUCACGCCAAGUAUAUCGAAAAGAUCGAACGAGGUGAAAAGCGUCUGGAGCGAAACGAAGUUGUGAAAGAAGCUCUUGCGCGUAAAUGUAGUCGGUACAGUCAUCCACUUCGUGAUAUGCGAUUACAUUACCCUGCAGGAUACAAGAGCAAGGGCUAUAUAUUAGAGGAGGAUGUAUUUUUGGUCGUUAUGAUGAACAAGUAUGGCCCGUUGGAGCAUUGGGGUGAGAUCCGUGAUGAAAUUCGUAAAGCCUGGCAGUUCCGUUUUAAUUGGUUCUUCAAGUCGCGGACUAUUGGCGAGCUACAAAAGCGCGGUGAACUACUUACACGCAUGAUUGAGCGUGAGAACGACGAGCUGAAGAGUAAAAGCACCAAAGACGAAGAAGAUCUUGCAAAAAAGGCAAAAAGGAGCAGCUCAUCAAGUUCCAAGAGUAAGAGUAAGAGCAGUAGCCGCAGAAAGACAUCGAGCUCGUCCACUUCUAAUAAGAAGCGCAGUAGCUCGUCAAAAUCGUCGUCUUCAUCGAAAAAACAACGCCCGAGUUGA